CUUUUCGGAUUCCUUGGCAAUUAAAAAGCACACCAUUUCUCUCUCACACACUCAUGCCUCCAACAAUAAAUUUUUAAUUUGAAAACGAAAACGCCAUUUCCAACAACGACAUUUUCUUCUUUACCGUGAUAUGAUCACACAUAGCCCUAUUAUAAGAAAUUAAUUAAUCAUUUACCCCUAAUAUAUCCUGAUAUCAACUUGUCGCCCCCAAAUAAUCCCCAAAAUCAAUUUCCACAGACCUCCAGCAUAAAAACACCCAAUUUCCUCUUUUCCCCCCAAAAUAAAUCGCGUUCACAACUUCCAUCCCAUCGAAAGUAGAGAAUGGUAUCUUUCAGGAAGACGGCGUCGUUUGUCAAUGGCGGAGAAGAAGAUGGAGAGAGGAAGCUGAGAAAUGGGGAUGAGGAAUAUACAGUGGAGGAUUUAAGAGAUCGGAUAAAGUCGUCGAGAGAGAGCCAAUUCGAGAUUAUGGAGCACGAGCUUGGGCUGGAGGCCGCCGACCGGAGGUUUAGCCGGAAAACUGUCAUCAAUGGCUUGAAAGACCUGUCGCAGGGUCUCUUCAUUCAGCCGGACAGCAGAUGGUACAAGACAUGGGAAAAGUUCAUACUUAUAUGGGCGAUUUAUUCAUCGUUUUUUACGCCGAUGGAGUUUGGAUUCUUUACGGGACUGCCGAAGAACCUCUUUGUUUUAGACAUCGUUGGUCAAGUGGCUUUUCUUGUCGACAUCGUAUUGCAAUUUUUCUUGCCUUAUAGAGACAGCCAUUCCUACAAAAUGGUCUACAAGCGUAAACUCAUUUCUCUUCGCUAUUUGAAGUCUCAUUUUAUUCCUGACCUUUUGGGUUGUAUGCCUUGGGAUAUUAUCUAUAAGGCUACCGGGAGAAAAGAAGAGGUGAGGUACCUUCUAUUCAUCAGGCUGACUCGUGUCCGUAAAGUGACUACAUUUUUCCAGAGGCUUGAAAAAGACAUCCGAAUCAAUUAUCUUUUCACAAGGAUAUUAAAACUCAUAGCUGUGGAACUCUAUUGCACUCACACGGCAGCUUGUAUAUUCUACUAUUUGGCCACUACACUUCCAGAGGAGAAAGAAGGGUACACUUGGAUCGGGAGUUUGAAGCUCGGUGAUUAUAGCUAUGCACACUUUAGAGAUAUUGAUAUCUGGAAAAGAUACACAACCUCCAUGUAUUUUGCCAUUGUAACUAUGGCAACUGUGGGUUAUGGAGAUAUACAUGCAGUGAAUCUGAGGGAGAUGAUAUUUAUCAUGAUAUAUGUCUCGUUUGACAUGAUUCUUGGUGCAUAUUUGAUCGGUAACAUGACAGCACUUAUCGUGAAGGGGUCGAAAACAGAGAGAUAUAGAGAUAGAAUGACUGAUCUCAUCAAAUAUAUGAACAGAAACAGAUUAGGAAGGGACCUUCGUAAUCAGAUUAAAGGGCACUUGCGUUUGCAAUAUGAGAGCAGUUACACAGAUGCUGCUGUUCUUAAUGAUAUCCCGAUAUCUAUACGUGCUAAGAUAUCCCAGACACUGUACAAGUCGUACGUUGAGAAUGUUGCUCUUUUCAAGGAUUGCUCGUCAGAGUUCAUCAGCCAAAUUGUAACUCGGGUGCAUGAAGAAUUUUUCCUCCCUGGAGAAGUAAUAAUUGAACAAGGAAAUGCUGUGGAUCAACUCUAUUUUGUUUGUGAUGGUGUUCUGGAGGAGGUUGUAAUAGGUGCAGAUGGAUCAGAAGAAACUGUUUCUCUUCUCGAGCGUCACAGCUUAUUCGGAGAGAUUUCAAUCCUCUGCAACAUACCUCAACCAUACACCGUUCGAGUGUCCGAAUUAUGUCGGCUUCUCAGGAUAGACAAACAGUCUUUCUCAAAUAUACUCGAGAUAUAUUUUCAUGAUGGACGUAAAGUCUUGACUAACUUGUUGGAGGAGAAAGAGUCUAGUAUUCGUGUGAAGCAACUGGAGACAGAUAUUACUUUCCAUAUUGGUAAACAAGAAGCUGAGCUUGCUUUGAGAGUGAACAGUGCAGCAUAUUACGGUGAUUUGUAUCAACUGAAAAGUCUGAUUCGAUCUGGAGCCGAUCCAAAUAAGAAAGAUUAUGAUGGAAGAUUGGCCUUGCAUCUCGCGGCAUCAAAAGGAUACGAAGAUAUUACCUUAUUCCUCAUACAAGAAGGUGUAGACAUCAAUGCUGAAGAUAAUUUUGGUAACACGCCUUUACUCGAAGCCAUCAAGAGCGGACAUGACAAUGUUGCUUCUAUACUUUACAAAGAAGGAGCAUUACUGAAAAUCGACAAUGCCGGUAGCUUUUUGUGCACCACAGUCGAAAGAGGCGAUUCGGAUUUUCUUAGAAGGCUUUUGACCAAUGGGGUUGACCCAAACUCCCGAGACUAUGACCGGCGGACCCCACUUCACAUAGCUGCCUCUCAAGGAUUGUAUUUAAUGGCAAAGUUGCUCAUUGAAGCUGGGGCCAGCGUCUUUAUAAAAGACAGAUGGGGAAACACUCCAGUUGACGAAGGGAGAAUUUGCGGAAAUAAAAAUAUGAUUCAACUUCUUGAAGAUGCUAAGGUUGCACAAUUAUCCACAUUUCCAGAUUCACCUCAAGAAGUUAAAGAUAAGUCGCAUACGAAAAAGUGCACUGUUUUCCCUUUUCAUCCCUGGCAUCCCAAGGAAGGAAGAAGAAAACACGGGGUAGUAAUGUGGGUCCCACGCACCAUUGAAGAGCUUAUACAGCAAGCCUCGAGACAGCUGGAGUUUCCAGACGGGUCGAUUAUAUUAUCAGAAGACGGAGGGAAAAUUCUGGAGGCGGAUAUGAUUAUGGAUGGCCAGAAACUGUACAUGAUCAAUGAAAUAGAAUAGAAAAAGGGAAAACAUAUUGAUGUCUGAAAACAACACAGGUCUCAUGUUGUAGAGAUGGCUUUUCUCUGUACAAUGCUGUUCAUAUGUAUCUUGGGGUGAGUUAACUAAAAUAAAAACAAAACGGGUGACUGAUCUCAAACAGGUUAUUUCUUUGUCAUUUUAGAAAUUGUUAACGAUUUAAUGUAUGCUUGAAAAUUGUGUAAGGGUGAGCAUAGGAUGGUUUGGUUUAUAACUAAACUGAAAUCUGAGAUAAUACAAAACCAAUGCCCAAAACCUAUAGAAAAAUCAGGACAGUUUGAUUGAUACUGUUCGUAUUGGAUAUUUGGAGAAUUCUGAUUGGGG